CGGGUGACCAGAAAUGUGAAAUUGCUGCGUUUCCAUGCAAGAGAAAAAGAAAAUAUUUUUGCAUAAAUAAGGAAAUUAAAGAUUGAUGUGUUUUUUUCAUAGUGCCGAGCUCAUCAAGCUGAUGUUUUCAUAGAUGAGGUUCCACUGGUGUGAAUUGCACAUCGUUGGCAUAUGGCUCUGUGCAUGCACGGGAGCAGGGCAGGCUCACAUCUCGUCACCUGACCGACUGCUCUGCCUCAUCUUUUCCACACUGGGCCUAUUUAGCCAUGUAUCAGCCCAGCCAUCACUUGUAAUGGCCCUUAAAGUGGUUCUGUGAAGAUCAAGGUACGAUAAUGGGGAAGCGCUUGGUUUCACUGCUUGUGCUGCUCCUGCAGCUCCUCUGUGGCUGCGCAGGGAACCAAAGGAUGGCGAGGGCCGCCUCCAUGCAAUUCACCAACUCUGUUUACAAUGCCACCAUAUAUGAGAACUCUGCUGCUAAGACUUACUUAGAGAGUCACACUAAGAUGGGGAUCUAUAUCACAGACCCAGCCUGGGAGAUACGGUACAAAAUCAUCUCUGGAGACAAUGAGAACUUAUUCAAAGCUGAGGACUACCUGUUGGGAGAUUUCAGUUUUUUGCGAAUAAGGACCAAAGGAGGCAGCACUGCCAUUCUGAAUCGGGAGGUUAAAGACCACUACGUGCUGACUGUUAAAGCUUCGGAGAGGAGCACCAAUUUAGAGUGUCGCGCUAGAGUUAAGGUGCAGGUACUGGACACCAAUGACCUGCGGCCCCUCUUCUCACCAACAUCCUAUAGCAUCUCCCUGCCAGAGAACACAGCCAUACGCACGAGUGUGGCCAAGGUCACGGCAACUGAUGCAGAUAUCGGUACGAACGGAGAAUACUACUAUAGUUUCAGAGAGUGGACGGACAUGUUUGCGGUUCAUCCGACAAGCGGUGUGGUGACACUGACUGGCAAACUAGACUACUCUGAGGCAAAGCUGUACGAGCUGGAGAUCCUAGCAGUGGACAGAGGGAUGAAGCUUUAUGGCAGCAGUGGCUUCAGCAGCAUGGCCAAACUUACAGUGAGGGUGGAGCAGGCCAAUGAGCAUGCACCUGUAAUCACCGCAGUAACCUUGGCCCCCUCUGAUACAGACCAUGACCCCACCUACGCUAUCGUGACAGUGGAGGACAAUGAUCAGGGACCAAAUGGAGAGAUAGCAUCAUUGAGUAUUGUUGCCGGUGACCCUCUUCAGCAGUUCAAAGCUGUAAGAAGCAGCCCUGGGAGCAAAGAGUAUAAAAUAAAAGCAGUCAAAGAUGUUGACUGGGACAGCCAGACUUUUGGUUACAACCUUACUUUACAGGCGAAGGAUAAAGGCAGCCCCCCUCAAUUUUCAUCUGCUAAAUUGGUACAUGUCACUUCUGCACAGUUCAGAGUGGGUCCUCCUGUAUUUGAAAAGGCAGUUUACAGAGUCAAUCUCAGUGAAUUUGCCCCUCUUCAUACACCUGUCACUAUGGUAACAGCUGUGCCAAAGUAUCCACAGCUAAAAUACGCUUUUCGACACAAAUCUGACAAGAACAGAUUUACUAUCAAUCCAGAUACUGGCCUAAUCAGCACUGCUGGACCCAUCAAUGCUGAUUCUGCCCCCCGAUUUGAGCUAGACUUGAUCACCAGUGACAAAAAAGCAGCAACAAAAGUGAUUGUUGAUGUGAUUGAUGUGAAUAACAAUGCACCCGAGUUCCAGCAGACAUCUUACAAGGCCAUUGUUGAUGAGAAUGUACCCAUAGGGACCAGUGUGGUAACGGUUAAAGCCACUGAUCUGGACAGAGGUGAGAAUGGCUAUGUGACCUACAGCAUUACCAAUAUGAGCCCUCAACCAUUUGUCAUUGACUACUUCUCCGGUGUCAUCAGUACCUCGGAGGUCCUAGAUUAUGAGCUUAUGCCCAGGAUUUACAAUCUCAAAGUCAGGGCAUCAGAUUGGGGGACCCCUUUCCGGAGAGAGGUGGAGGCAUCAGUCACCAUAACAUUAAAUAACCUGAAUGACAAUAAGCCCUUGUUUGAAAAUGUAGACUGUGAAGUGACUGUGCCGAGAGACCACGGCGUGGGAGAGCAGAUAACAACAGUGUCUGCCAUAGAUGCUGAUGAACUGCAGCUUGUACGGUACAGUAUUAAAGCUGGGAAUGAUCUUGAUCUGUUUGAACUGAACCCAAACUCCGGCAUGCUUUCACUGAAGCACACACUGAGUGAGGGAGAGGCAGCUAAAGUCUCCUUUCAUAGUUUACAAAUCAUCGCAACUGACGGCGAACACGAGACUUGGCCAAUGAUGAUGAACAUAACUGUCAUCACAGCACGCAAGCCUGUCCAGUUAAAAUGUGUCGAAACUGGUGUCGCUACUAUGUUGGCUGAAAAGCUACUUCAGGGAAGCAAAAUCCACACGCAAACCGAGCCGGAUGACAACUUUAUGGACAUUCACUCUGUCAACCGGUACACUCCUCAGUUUGCAGAGUCUUUCCCCAGUGCUAUUGAAGUGAAAGAGGACCUCCCUGUUGGGGCCCGGAUUGUCCAUUUAAGUGCCACAGACUCAGAUAGUGGCUUCAAUGGGAAACUGGUAUAUGUUAUCUCAGGAGGAGACACAGAAAGCCGCUUCAUUGUAGAUAUGGAAACUGGUUGGCUUUUGGUUUAUUCUCCUCUUGACAGGGAAACAACCGACCAUUAUACCCUCAAUAUUACAGUAUACGAUCUUGGCAUACCACAGAAAUCCUCAUCACGCCUUUUGGAUGUUAAGGUCCUAGAUGCCAAUGAUAAUAGCCCUCAAUUUUUGCAAGAUUCAUAUUCAGUUGAAAUGAGUGAGAGCACACCUGUCGGGACAGAAAUUAUCCAGGUGGAUUCGACAGACAAGGAUCAAGGAGAUAAUGGAGUCGUCAAGUAUUCCAUUUUGGGAGGCACAGAUCAAUUUGCAAUCAAUGAAGAGACUGGUGUGGUGACCGUGACAAAGCCGCUGGAUCGUGAGCUCCAUCCAGUUUAUAUCUUGAAGAUCGCGGCAUGUGACCAGGCAGUGAAUGAGCCACAGCUAGUGUCCACUGUGCUACUUAAGAUCACCUUGGAAGAUGUGAAUGAUAAUCCACCUAAAUUUGUCCCCCCCAAUUACCGCGUGAAGGUGAGGGAAGACCUUCCUAUCGGUACGGUAAUUAUGUGGCUGGAGGCUCAUGACCCUGAUUUUGGACCUUCCAGUCAGGUACGAUACAGCCUUAUUGAUAAUGGAGACGGGAAUUUCGAAGUAGACAAACUCAGCGGUGCUGUGCGGAUUGUGCAAAACCUAGAUUAUGAGACAAAACAGGUAUACAACCUGACAGCAAAGGCUAAAGACAAAGGGAAGCCCAUGUCUUUGUCAUCAACCUGCUUCAUUGAGGUGGAUGUGGUGGAUGUGAAUGAGAAUCUGUACAGGCCUUUAUUCCGAUCAUUUGUGGAAAAGGGAUUUAUAAAAGAAGAUGUACUUGUUGGGACUUCGGUGAUGACUGUAACAGCUGAGGAUGAAGACAGAGGACAAGAUGGAGAGAUUCGUUACUCCAUACGAGAUGGAUCUGGCCUGGGGAUAUUUACCAUUGAUGAGGAAACUGGUAUUAUUCGAACAAAAGAACUGCUGGAUCAUGAGACAACACCUCACUACUGGCUCACGGUCUACGCCAUGGAUCGUGGCGUGGUGCCGCUCUCUGCCUUCGUCGAGGUCUACAUCGAAGUGCAGGACGUCAAUGACAAUGCACCGCAAACCUCAGAACCUGUCUACUACCCCUCUGUUAUGGAGAACUCCCCUAAAGAUGUGUCAAUCAUCAAGAUAAAUGCAGUUGAUCCAGAUGACAAGGCCAGCGAUAAACUCACCUACAGGAUCACAAGCGGCAAUCCCCAGGGUUUCUUUGCCAUAAAUGCCAGGACAGGUCUGGUUACAACCACUUCAAGGAAACUGGACAGAGAGCAGCAAGAUGAGCACGUUCUUGAGAUCACCAUCACCGACCAUGGGGUUCCCGCUAAAUCCACCACUGUCCGCGUCAUCGUCCAAGUCCGGGACGAGAAUGACAACAGGCCGUUGUUCCUGGAGAAGAUCUACAAGAUCCAACUCCCUGAGCGGCAGAAGCCAGAGAAGGACAGAGCCAUAAAGCGAGACCCAGUGUAUCGGGUCAUUGCAUCGGACCGCGAUGAGGGGCCUAAUGCUGAAAUCUCCUACAGCAUUGAUGAGGGAGACGAACAAGGCAAUUUCUUUAUUGAGCCCAAGACUGGCCUGGUGUCUUCCAAGAAGUUCCCUUCUUCUUCUGGAGAGUACGACAUUCUUACAAUUAAAGCCGUCGACAAUGGACGUCCUCAGAAAUCCUCCACUUGUCGUCUGCAUAUUGAGUGGAUUCCCAAACCAAAAGUACCAGCCAAUGCCGCUCCCCUGCUUUUUGAGGAGUCCCCCUUCACCUUUUCUGUAAUGGAAAGCGACCCUGUGGCGCACAUGGUGGGCGUUGUCGCCACCGAAUCCUCUGAAUUUCCUGUGUGGUUUGAAAUCACAGGUGGUAAUUAUGACAGCCGUUUUGACGUGGGCAAGGCCAGUGGAACCUUGAUUGUAGCGCAGCCCCUGGACGCUGAGCAGAAAUCAAAUUACAACCUGACGGUGGAAGCCACAGAUGGGACACGAACUGUCAGCACUCAGGUGCUUAUCCGCGUCAUUGACACCAACAACCACCGGCCGCAGUUCUCUCAGCAGUCGUAUGUCGUGAAUGUCCCUGAAGACAAACCAGCAGGGAGUGAGGUCAUGCAGAUCAGCGCUGUGGACAGAGAUGAGAAGAACAAACUGACCUUUACGCUCCUGAGCAGCACUGAUCCCUUCAGCCUGAGGAAGUUCCGACUGGACCCAGGAACAGGCACUCUGUACACCGCUGAGCGACUGGACCAUGAGACUAUGCAUCAUCACAUCCUCACCGUCAUGGUUCGAGACCAGGACAUCCCGGUAAAGAGGAACCUUGUGCGUGUUAUUGUCAACGUGGAUGACACCAAUGACAAUGCACCCUGGUUUAUAGGCACACCUUACUCUGGUCGUGUAUUUGAAUCCGCUACCAUAGGCUCAGCUGUGCUUCAGGUCACGGCUCUUGACAAAGACAAGGGCAAUAACGCAGAGAUUGUUUACAGCAUUGAAUCAGGAAAUGUUGCAAACUCAUUUGCUAUCGACCCUGUUCUUGGGACAAUUACAGUAGCCAAAGAGCUUGAUCGCAGCAGCAAGACUCUGUUUGAACUCACUGUUAAGGCAUCUGAUAAUGGAAUUCCUGCACUGUCAACUACAGCCACUGUACACAUUGUGGUAACAGUUUCUGAUAAUUCUGCUCCCAGAUUCACUGAAAAGGAGUUCUCUGCAGAAGUCAGUGAAUCUUCCCACCCAGGAAGUUUUGUGAGCUUGGUCACAGCUGUUAGCCAGUCGUCUGUUUUCUAUCAAAUAAAAGGUGGCAACAUCAACAAUGCAUUUGAUAUUAACCCAAACUCUGGAGUGGUUGUGACGCAGAGAGCUUUAGAUUAUGAGACCAACUCUCAAUACAAGCUCAUCAUACAGGGUACCAACAUGGCUGGAAUUGCAAGCAACACAACACUUCAGAUUCAUCUAAAGGAUGAAAAUGACAAUGCUCCAAUCUUCCUCCAGAGGGAAUUCAAAGGAGUGAUCAGCGAGUCCGCUCCCAUCAACAGUGUUGUUCUGACCCAUGAAAACACUCCUUUUGUCAUUCGUGCCUCUGAUGCUGAUUGUGACCAGAAUGCAAUGCUCAUCUAUCAAAUUGUCGAACCUUUUGCACACAAACAUUUCGCCAUUGACUCAAGCACCGGAGCCAUCAGAAUUACAACAGUUUUGGAUUAUGAACAGAGGAGUGUUUUCCGCUUUACAGUCCAGGUCCAUGAUCUAGGAAUGCCACGCCUAUUUGCAGAGACAGCGGCCAACGUGACCAUUGAAGUAAUUGAUGUCAAUGACCGUUCACCAGUUUUUAGCCAAGAACUGUAUGAGACAACUGUCAUAGUGCCAACAUAUAAAGGGGUGGAAGUUAUUGAAGUGAAUGCUACAGACUCAGACUCUGGGCCCAACUCCAAACUUCUCUUCUCCAUCUCUGAGGGUAAUAUUGGUGAGAAAUUUAAGAUGGAUCCAAACACAGGCAUAAUCUCUAUUCAGAAUGUCACACAAUUGAGGAGCCGAUAUGAAUUAAAGGUUAGGGUGUCAGAUGGUAGAUUUGCCACUGUUGCUACAGUGAAGAUAAAUGUAAAAGAAAACAAGGAGAGCAAGCUCAAGUUCACCAGGGAUUUCUACAAAGCCUAUGUCCAAGAAAACUCGUCUGCAAAGAAGACACUAGCAAUCAUUGCUGCUGUUGGGAACCAGGUGAACGAGCCUUUGUUCUAUAAAAUUUUGAACCCUGACAGCAGGUUUGAAAUCAGCCGCACAUCUGGAGUAAUCUCAACCACUGGGAUUCCAUUUGAUCGCGAGGCACAGGACACUUUUGAUAUCAUUGUUGAAGUCACUAGAGAGGACAAGUCUGAAGAUGGGGCUCAUGUUUUAGUAACUGUGACAGUGGAAGAUGUGAAUGACAACAAACCUAUGUUUGUAAACCUUCCCUAUCAUGCCCUAGUCCAGAUGGAUGCAGAGGAAGGGCAGGUCAUCCGACAGGUUACAGCAGUGGACAAGGACAUGGGUUCGAAUGCAGAUAUCAAUUAUCACCUGAAGGAACAUCAGGAGUACUUUCAAAUCAGCACCAAUGGUGAAAUUUCUCUCAAAAAGAAAUUUGAGAAGGAGUCACUCAACACAGACUUUGUCAUCGCUGUCAUGGCAAAAGAUAAUGGAGAACCGGCACUCUCUGCUGAAGUAGAAGUGCCAGUAACAGUGGUGAACAAAGCAAUGCCUAUAUUUGAGAAGCCUUUUUACAGCAUUGAAAUCCCUGAAAACAUUCAGUUACACACACCUGUGCUUCAUGUACAGGCCAAUGAUUCCGAGAGCCCUCGUAUUGUGUACACCAUCUCUGAGGGAGAUCCUUUCAAACAGUUCUCAAUUGAUUUCAACACAGGUGUUAUUCAUGUGAUUCAGCCUUUGGACUUUGAGACACAUCCUGCUUAUAAGUUAAAUGUAAGAGCCACAGACUCUCUGACUGGAGCACACUCAGAGGUGUUUGUUGAUAUCAUAUUGGAAGAUGUAAACGAUAAUGCCCCUGUGUUCCUGUCAAAGGCCUACUAUGGCAAUAUUUCUGAGGCCUCUGUCAUUGGUACAUCAGUUUUGCAAGUUGACGCCAAAGAUUCUGAUACUGGUAAUAACCAAGAAGUAUUCUUUCAGUUGGUUGAGGAAAAGGGGAAAAGCUCAGAUUAUUUCACCAUCGAUCGUGACACAGGAACAAUCUCUACAGCUCAAAUACUUGAUCAUGAGGAGAUCCAGCAGCACAAGUUGAGAGUCCGUGUGGUGGACGGAGGUGUUCCAGCCCUCUCCAGUGAUGUAAUUGUGUCGAUAGAUGUUACCGACCUAAAUGACAAUGCUCCAACAUUUACAGAACACACUUACAAAACCACUAUCAGCGAAUUGGCCCCACGUGGACACUUCAUCACCCAAGUCCAAGCAUCAGAUGCAGACAGCUCAGACUCAAAUAAGUUGGAGUUUUCAAUUAUAUCUGGAAAUGAAGAUCAGAACUUUUCCAUAGACAAAAACACAGGCGCCAUCAUCAUUUCCAACCACAGGAGGCCACACAUGCAGUCUCUUUACAACCUCAAUGUAUCAGUAUCUGAUGGUGUAUUCAGAAGCUCAGCCCUUGUCAUGGUCACAGUUAUCGGUGCAAACUUCCACAACCCCACCUUCUCUCAGUUGGAGUACGUGGUAGAGCUUGUUGAAAACUCACCUGUUGGUACCUUGGUAGCAGAAGCAAAAGCAACAGAUGAUGAUGAAGGCAUUUAUGGGCAAAUAACAUACCAGAUUGUCAAUGACUUUGCAAAAGAUAAGUUCUCUGUCAAUGACAACGGAGAGAUUUUCACUCUGGAGAGCCUUGAUCGUGAGAACACCGUUGAGAAGGUUAUUCCCAUUUCUGUCAUGGCUAAAGAUGGUGGUGGUAAAGUAGGCUUUUGUAUUGUCAAUGUUAUUCUCACAGAUGUCAAUGACAAUGCCCCACAAUUCAGAGCAGCUGAGUACAAAGCCACUAUUUCAUCAGAUGUCCCAAGGGGAACCUCUGUGGUUAAAAUUGCUGCUUCGGACAUGGAUGAAGGAAGCAACGCUGACAUUGAGUAUUCAUUCGAAGCAGAUGUUGAAAACGUGGAGGAGAACUUUGAAAUCCAUCCAACCUCUGGGGUCAUUGAAACCAAAGAGAGUCUCAUUGGACUUGAAAAUGUGCUCUAUGCAUUCUUUGUGAGGGCAAAGGAUACUGGGAAUCCAUCCAAACAUUCAGUUGUACAGGUUUACAUCAGGAUUGUCGCACCAGAGACCCCAAUUCCCAAAUUUGCGGAACCACAUUACCGUUACACUAUUGCUGAAGACCUUCCCAUUGCCACAGAAAUCGAUGUGAUUCAGGCAGAGAGUGAUCAACCUGUUGUCUACAGCCUUGUGAAAGGCAACACUCCAGAGAGCAAUGAAGAUGAGGUGUUUGUUGUAGACAGAGACAGUGGAGCCUUGAAACUUCAGAAAAGCCUUGACCAUGAGACUACUAAAUGGUACCAACUAACUUUGCUUGCCCAGACCAAACAUGAGAACUACGAGAUAGUUGAAUCUGUAAAUGUAAACAUCCAAGUGAAAGACCUUAAUGACAACAAGCCUGUCUUUGAAUCAGACCCUUAUGAAGCUUACAUAGUGGAAAACCUUCCAAGUGGGACUCAAGUAAUCCAAGUCAAAGCCACCGACCAAGACUCUGGAACCAAUGGCCAUGUCGUUUACAGCCUCGACCCCAAGCAGAACUCGCAAGAGAUCUGUGAGCUGUUUGCUGUUAAUAGUGAAACUGGAUGGGUGACCACUUUGAAAGAGCUAGACCGCGAAAAGAUAAACAAAUACACAGUCACUGUCCUGGCCACAGACCAAGGGGAUAAAGUCCAACACUUUGCUGGCACCAGAGUGGAGGUAACAGUCGCUGAUGUGAAUGACAACCCACCCCGCUUCACUGCAGAGAUCUACAAAGGCACAGUGAGUGAAGAUGACCCUCCUCCCAGCGGGGUGAUUGCUAUCCUCAGCACCACAGAUGAUGAUUCUGAGGACAUCAAUAAACAAGUGAACUACUUCAUCACAGGAGGGGACCCACUUGGCCAGUUUGCCAUUGAACACAUUCAGAAUGAAUGGAAGGUCUCUGUCAGGAAGCCUUUGGACCGUGAAAAGACGGACAAUUAUCUCCUUAACAUUACCGCCAGUGAUGGCAUCUUCACUGCCAAAGCCGUUGUGGAAGUCAAGGUGCUGGACGCAAAUGACAACAGCCCCGUAUGCGAAAAGUCCCUAUACAGUGAGAGUGUCCCAGAGGACUCCCCUGCUGGCAGGCUCAUCUUGCAGGUCUCUGCCACAGAUGCUGACAUUCGCUCAAAUGCCCAAAUCUCUUAUGAGCUCCAGGGAGUUGGAUCAGAAUUGUUCGUCAUUGAUUCUAAUACAGGGGAGUUGAGGACCUUACUACCCCUGGACCGAGAGGAGCAAGACGAGCACAGGUUCAAAAUGCGGGCAGUUGAUGGAGGAGGGCGGUACUGUGAGGCUGACAUCCACAUCACCGUGGAAGACAUCAAUGACAACCCGCCACAGUUCUCAUCCGAUCCCUACACCGUUACAGUCUUCGAGAACACAGAGAUGGGCACAUAUGUGGCAAAACUGCAGGCAAAUGAUAUCGACACUGGUCUUAAUAGCGACAUCCUCUACUCAUUAGUCGAUUCUGCUGAUGGAUAUUUCUCAAUUGAUGAGAACACCGGUGUAAUAAGCCUGGAGCGUCCCCUGGAUCGUGAGGUGCAGUCGGUGUAUGAGCUGAAAGCCCGGGCCAGUGACCAAGGUGUGCCACGUCUCUCCUCGCUGUGCCAAGUGGUGAUCUCUGUCCUGGACAUCAACGACAAUCCGCCAGUGUUUGAGCACCGUGAAUACACAGCUACCGUGUCUGAGGACGUGGCUGUGGGCACACAGGUGCUCAGAGUGCAGGCAGCGAGCCGGGACACGGAGGCUAACGGAGAGAUCUCCUACAGCAUCGUCAGUGGGAAUGAGCAUGGCAUGUUCAGUGUGGACCCACGUACAGGGGACAUCUUUGUGAUUGAGCCUUUGGACUACGAGGUCUCCCAUGAAUACUACAUCACCAUAGAGGCUACAGAUGGUGGCUCGCCACCGCUCAGCGACAUGGCCACUGUGAACAUCAACCUGACUGAUGUCAAUGAUAACAAACCUGUCUUCAGCCAGGAUGUCUACACAGCCGUCAUCAGCGAGGACACGGAGCUGGGAAAGACCGUGAUGGCAGUGAUGGCUGAGGAUCUUGAUGGGCCUUCUUAUGAUCAUGUGCGGUUCUCCAUCGUGGAUGGUAACCAAGGCAGCCCCUUCACCAUUGAUCCGGUCAGAGGAGAGCUUAAAAUUUCUCGGCAGCUGGACAGAGAGAGAACUUCAGGGUACACUUUGACGGUGGUAGCCUCAGACAACGGGUUGCCCCCACUCUCCAGCAGCGCCAUGAUCAACAUCGACAUCUCAGACGUCAAUGACAACCCGCCCCUCUUCUCCCAGGCAAACUAUAGCCUCAUCAUUCAGGAGAAUCGACCAAAAGGCACAAGUGUUCUUCAGCUCACUGUAACGGACCGGGACGCUUCCCACAAUGGCCCACCUUUCACCUUUGCCAUCGUGGAUGGGAACGAGGGCGAUGCUUUCCAUAUCAAUCAGCAGGGAGCUCUAGUAGCUGUGGGGGUGCUGAAUAGGAAAAGUAAAGAACACUACCUACUUCAAGCACAGGUAUCAGACAGCGGCAAACCUCCGCUCUUUUCCAAUGCCUUCAUCAGUGUACGUGUAAUCGAGGAGAGCAUCUACCCUCCUGCGAUUCUUCCUCUGGACAUUUUCAUCUCCACCGCUGGCGAUGAAUACCCUGGAGGGGUCCUGGGCAAGAUCCACGCCACUGACCAAGACAUCUACGACACUCUCACCUACAGCCUCGCCCCUUCAUCUUCGUCCUACUCCUCAUCCAGCGAUGAGAGCGGUGCCUUGUUUUCAGUUUCCGCCGCUGAUGGUAAAGUUAUCGCCCUACGGCCGCUCGAUGUGGGUCACUACCCUCUCAAUGUGACGGUGACUGACGGACGCUUCACCACGGCUGCUGAUGUCACCGUGCAUAUUCGGCAAGCAGCUCGUCAGGCCCUGGACAACUCUAUUGCUGUACGCUUUGCAAAUAUUGCUCCAGAGGAGUUUAUCGGGGACUACUGGCGCAACUUCCAGCGGGCACUGAGAAACAUUGCUGGGGUGAGGAGGAGUGAUGUGCAGUUAGUGAGCCUGCAGCCUUCAGAGCAAGGAGAUCUGGAUGUGCUGCUGACUCUAGAGAGAUCUGGAAGCCCCUAUCAGUCUCAAGAGGUUGUCUUCCGUAAGUUGAACUCGUCUGCAGCUGUCAUCGAGGAGAUGACCGGGGUCCGGAUCAUAAAGGUGGUGCAGAAGCUGUGUGCCGGGCUGGACUGCCCGCUACACUUCUGCGACGAGGUCAUCUCCCUGGAUAAAACCGCCAUGUCCACUUACAGCACGGCUCGCCUCAGCUUCGUCACACCACGACACCAGAGAACUGCAACCUGCCAGUGUGACGGUGGCAGAUGUCCCGUAUUGAACAACCUGUGUGAGAACAACCCCUGUCCUGAGGGUAUGGAGUGUGUGGCAGAUCCUAGAAAUACCAUGUACAGUUGUGUUUGUCCAGAAGGCAAAAAGAGCAAAUGCUCUGAUGGCCACUCGCUGACGUUCAGCGGCAGCGGCUAUGUGAAAUAUCACCUGUUGGAGAAUGAGAACAAGGAAUUGAUGAAACUGUCCCUGAGGCUCAGGACCUUCUCCAGCCAUGCAACUGUCAUGUAUGCUAAAGGAACGGACUACAGCAUCCUUGAGAUUGUGAACGGCCGCCUGCAGUACAAGUUUGACUGUGGCAGUGGCCCCGGCCUCGUGUCAGUCCACAGCGCUCAGGUUAACGACGGGGAGUGGCACACUGUCUCGCUAGAGGUGGAUGGUAACUAUGCUAAGCUGGUGUUGGACCGAGUACACGCCGCCUCAGGCACGGCACCGGGCACCCUGCGUACCCUCAACCUCGACAACAGUAUAUACUUUGGCGGUCACGUACGCCAGCAUGCAUCCUCUCGCCAUGGACGGAGCCUGCCUGUCACCAACGGGCUCCGCGGCUGCAUGGAGGCCAUCACCCUGAAUGGCCAGGAGCUGCCUCUCAACACCCAAGCUCACCGGGCCCAUGCUGUGCUGGAGGACAUUGUGGAUGUGGCUCCAGGCUGUGCACUCGCACCUGCUGAGAGUUGUUCUAGCAACCCCUGCACCAACGGCGGGAGCUGCACCUCGCUGCCUAAUGGAGGUUACUUCUGUAAGUGUCCUGCCUCUUUCAUGGGCACCCACUGUGAGAUUGGCAUAAGCCCUUGUGCCUCCAACCCCUGCCUGUACGGAGGCACCUGUGUCCCUCGUGCGGAGGACUUCUACUGCCAGUGUAGAGGGCAGUACUCAGGACAGAGGUGCCAGCUGGGGCCGUACUGCAGAGACAACCCCUGUAAAAACAACGGAAAGUGUAUUGACAGUCUGGAUGGUCCAGUAUGUGAAUGCGAAGCAGGCUUCCAAGGAGACAGGUGCCUGAGUGAUGUCGAUGAGUGCAUCAAGAACCCCUGUGCCAACGGAGGCCAGUGCCAGAACACAUACGGCUCCUACAAGUGUAACUGCUCGCUGGGUUUCAGCGGGCACAUGUGUGAACUCCGUGCUGAGGUCCGCAAUGAAUUCAUCUCCACCUCCUGGAACAUCGGCCUGGAGGAGGUGAUUGGCAUUGUGGUCUUUGUCUCCAGCAUCUUCAUCCUGGUCCUCAUCUUCAUCAUCAUCCGCAAGAAGGCCUGUCGCAGCAAGUCGAAGACCAACAAUGACGACAAACAUCCUGGAGGUUCAAACGUGCCUCACUCCUUCCUCCAGAGACCUUACUUUGACGCCAAACUCAACAAGAACAUCUACUCCGACAUCCCGCCUCAGGUCCCUGUGCGGCCCAUCUCCUACACUCCCAGCAUUCCCAGCGACUCCCGAAACAACCUGGACAGGAACUCGUUCGAGGGCUCGGCCAUCCCGGAGCAUCCUGAGUUCAGCACCUUCAACCCAGACUCUGUACACGGUCACCGCAAAACUGUGGCCGUGUGCAGCGUAGCACCCAAUCUCCCCCCACCCCCUCCCUCCAACUCAGUCUCAGACAGCGACUCCAUCCAGAAGCCAAACUGGGACUAUGAUUAUGACACUAAAGUGGUGGACUUGGACCCGUGCCUGACCAAGAAGCCGGUAGAGGACAGUGCCUGUCACCCCUAUAACACCAGGGGCAGCAUGUCUGAGGUCCAGUCCCUCAGCUCCUUCCAGUCGGAGUCAUGUGAUGAUAACGAGUCUUUUUUGGCUCAUGAUAUCAAGAACCCAAGAGGAUAUCACUGGGACACGUCUGAUUGGAUGCCAAGUGUUCAACUUCCUGGAAUCCAGGAGUUUCCACAGUAUGAGGUUGUGGAGUCGCCUGCCCCUCUGUACAGUGACCCGAGUGCCAUCGACACCGACUACUAUCCCGGCGGCUUCGACAUUGAGAGCGAUUUCCCUCCACCGCCAGAGGACUUCCCUGCCAACGACGACCUGCCGCCGCCACCUCUGCCGGAGUACGGCGACCGUUGCGACACCCUGCGGCCCCUGGGCAGAGACUUGGACCCGCCUGCGGCCGGCCCAGGUGGCUCUGGCGGGGUCCGCCAGCGCCCGGCCCUGCCCCAGCUCUACAGCCUUAACCAGUACCUGCCGCAGCACUCCUACCCGAGCGAUGGGGGUGACACCGAGGGCCAAGGGGCUACUUCCACCUCAGCCAACACCACCCCAGCUUCUACCUUGGGCACCAGUGGCUACAGAGGGGGCUACCCUUUAGGUUGUAGUCAGGACUUUGACUCCUCAGCUCUGGACAACAUGUCCAUGUCUCUGUACACUUCCACAGCCUCUUGCUCGGACAUGUCGGCGUGCUGCGAGGAGUCCGAGGUCAUGAUAAGCGACUACGAAAGCGGCGACGAGGGCCACUUUGAGCGGCUGGCCAUCCCGGCGCUGGACUCCCAGCAGCACACUGAAGUCUGACACUGGAUCCAAACAAAAGUGCCUGAACCCACAGCUACACCUGAUGUUAGCCCCUCACAUACCACCCACACAAAACACGCACAGUAUGUGGACACACAGAACACAACAACAACAACGGCAACAGCAACAACAACAACAACAACAACAACAACACAGUGAAUCGAGUCAAAACACGGGUUGUUGAGACUGGUUUUGAAGGCGAAUCGCCUGAGAAGAUCCGAAGAAGCUAUAAGAGAGACUCUGUAGCAUCUUUGCGUCUGCUCAGUCCAACUCCUGCCCCUUUGAGUUGGCGGUGCCAUUGCUUUAAGUAACUGUCAUCUCACACAGGAAGUGGAUUGUCCGAAGGUUCAACAUUUCAGUGUACAACAGGAAAAAAAAGAAAAGAGAAGAUUUCACCACAAUAUCUUUGUUUCUAUAAAUACAACCAAGCAAAAUGUUUUUAUACAAGUCCUCAUUUUCAAUGUAAAUUUAAAUGUACAGUUUUGAUUUCAAAGUUUACUAGGUUUUGUAGAUAUUCUAUGCUUUUAUUUUCAAAAAAAAAAGACUUAAAUGGUGUGACAUUAUCAGCCUUACUGUGCUUACAUUCACAAAAAAAGAAAUGUUAAAAAAAGAGAGAGAAGAGCGUGGGCUUUCCCGCACAGUGUACUCGUAAAGUUUAUCGUCUCCUGCUCAUUUCAAAAAGGGUCUUCAGUGAACGACUGCAUAUUCUUGUGUUGUUGUUUUUUUUAUUUGUUUGUUUGUAAAUUUUGACUUUGGAACCUCUUUAUUUUUCCACCAAGAAAAUGGGACCCAAUAUAUUUAUAGUGCGGAGUUAUCCAUGGACACGUGACUUUUUCAGGUGUCUAUGUGUUUGUGAGCAAUGCUAUGGUCUUGUUAAGGUUUUUAUUGAAUACUGCCACAAGCUCACGCUUUCCUACUGGCAAUAAAUUAUUCCUAAAAAAUA